AAAUCCUUUCACCACCAUCAAAUCCAUAUCAUCUGUUGGUGACAAGACUGAUAUUCUACAACCAAGUGCAUUCUACCGCAACAAUUCAGUCAAAAAUGGCACAUUUAAAAUUAUUCGGAUCAUUAGUGCUUGUAGUGCUGCUUGUUCUGGCUCUGAGUACUACAACCGAAGCAGGAUACCGGAAGCCCCCAUUCAACGGAAGCAUCUUCGGCAAACGAAAUGGAAAUUCAAUUGACUACGAAGGCAACGCCAAGGUGCUGUCCACGAUGUGUGAAAUAGCGGCCGAGGCGUGUCAAUCAUGGUUUGCUCAGGAACAAAAAUAAUAUCAUCCCCCGCCGGAGAAUCCGAAACAGUAACCAACCGCAGAUAACCAAGGCAAGGAAAAAUGGAACAUUGGCCGCCUAAGUACGACUCAUCAUAGCCUGCAGUAAAUUUGCACGGAAGACUAAUUGCAUCCAACAGCCUGUGAGUGGAAUAGCUGAGAGUGGAAAUUCUAAACAUAAUUGCAUCUAUGUAAAAAAAAUAAAUAAAAUUACCAUAUGAAAAUCA